UCAAAGCUAGUCAUCAAAAAGUAAUGCUAAAACUUAGAUUUUUGAAUAGAGGUAAUCAGGACAAGUCGACAUGUCGUAUAUCUUACAUAUGUAUAAAUAUGUUCUCAUACUGUCGAAAGAGUCAAAAAAACGCUCGCAGACCAAUUAGAGUAUAAUUUGACCAAUUAAUUUAUUUUUUCAUAUUUUCAACCAGCGACAAGUGCUUUUCAAAAAUAUAUCAUUUACUCCUAUAGAAGUUUAAAUCACCUUUAUAAAAUCUCAAAACUGCCUUCUCACACAAUUUAUAAGCAUUGUCUCUAAAUUGCUUUAAUUAUGUUCCCAUCUUGGAUUUUCGUAUUAGCGAUGAUAGCAACCAUCGUCGAGACUGGCAGUGGAGAACUCCACAACAAUCUAAACGAGCCGAAAAACAGAGCAGAAGCAGCCGCAAAUCAGUUUGGAUCUCCGGCACUGCAGCUUCAUCCACUCAGCUGCCAGAAAGAGCGGGACCGAUCUGGGUUUAUAUGGUCAAGGGGUCACUAUUUUACAGGGUACAAUGGGUCAGAUUGUAAGACGAGUCUAUACACUCCGAAACAGACAACACCCAGUUUGGACACAUCGGAAAUGCGGAUGACGAAAGAUCUUGGGAAUGGGUCCAUUUGUUUGGAAAGGAUCCAAAUUCAAAAACGAUGGAAAGACGUCUCUAAUCUCCAAGGAAUUCUAGUUGAGCUGAUAAUAGAGGGGAAACUGAGUGCACGAGGAUGGCCGAUUGAGUUCGAACGAACUCAAACGGAGUUCUUGUUGGGUCAGUUGAACUUGAACUAUUCGACCGGACUGAACAACAUCUUGUUCUGUUUGCAGCUGAAUGAGUUCAACUUGACAGUUCUCUCGUCCAGUCAAAUGAUCCAAAUAAUGGUCUGGAUUAGUGAACUCCCAAUUGACUACUCCGGUUCGAGACGUGAACCGCACCAGGCAAGACAGAUAAUCGGAGAUAUGGAUCAUAAAUCGGACAGAUUUGUUAUUUGUGAGCUGCCAUCGGAGAUAAACAUCAUAGUCAUUCCCAUUGCUGUCGUGCUCGCUAUUGUGACCUUCUUUGGCCUUCUUUUUCUGUUUGUUUCACUGCGUAUGUGGAACACAAACCGCGGACAAUGACAGCAACCCACGAACAAAUACCCGACCCUAGUGAUAGUGUAUCAAUUUAUUUUUUCAAAACUGAUAUAAACUGCGAAUGCUAACCAUAAUUGCCAUAAUCUCACUAUACUUUUACAUGCUUUUCAAAAAAGCAUAAAAACCGGAACUUUUUGGUCAGUAGAAAGUUUAAAUGCAUUAAAAUAAACACAUAGAAAAACACUACAUGUAAAAAAUGCAGGUAAACUGUAAAUGCAGGUAAACGCUUGCACAGAGUUUUCACAAGAAAAAACGAAAAACCUCCCUGAGCACAAAUUUAGAGCACAAACACCCUGAAAAACGCUUUUCGAAAGUCAGAAGAAGUCAACUAGUUUUGCAUGUAGUUUUGCACAAUGUUUAGAGUGUACUUACCGAAACCCCUGCAAACCACAAUUUAAUUAAGAGCAAAAAAUGCUAAUGUAUAUGUGUUAUUCAAUGUGCACAAGGUCUACUAACUUGCCGGCUGAAGGUGCUAUUUGUAGCCAGUUUGGUAUUUUAUUUUAGAUUCAUCCUUAGUUCAAUUUAUUAGUCGAUUGAUUUGUAUACGAGAAAAACUGUAAAUGAAGUCGUUAACAGCGCUGCCUAUUUUUAAGUUAGUUGCUAAGAAUAAACCUAAUUAAACCAAA